AGACCCUGACAUUGCUGGCAGAGGAACUGAGAACAGGACCAAAGCGCACAGAGAUACUCAGGAUUUUGGGGGUCCCAGCGAAUGCUAACAUGGGGUCUGUUGCCGGAGCUGUCCUCAACACGCUACUUCUGUUAGCUACUCAAAAUUGGAGCAGAGUCGUAGCUGGGAAUUCCUAUGAUUGUGAUGAGCCUCUGGUAUCCGCCUUGCCUCAAACAUCUUUCAGCAGUUCAUCUGAGCUCUCCAGCAGCCACGGUCCUGGAUUUGCAAGGCUAAAUCGAAGAGAUGGAGCUGGUGGCUGGUCUCCGCUUGUGUCAAACAAAUACCAGUGGUUGCAGAUUGAUCUUGGAGAGAGAAUGGAGAUCACCGCCGUGGCCACCCAAGGGGGAUAUGGGAGCUCAGACUGGGUGAUCAGCUACCUUCUGAUGUUCAGUGACAGUGGCAGGAACUGGAAACAAUACCGACAAGAGGACAGCAUCUGGGGUUUUUCAGGAAAUGCAAAUGCAGACAGUGUGGUAUCCUAUAGACUCCAGCCUUCUAUCAAAGCCCGAUUUCUGCGCUUUAUCCCUUUAGAGUGGAACCCCAGGGGCAGAAUUGGAAUGCGAAUCGAGGUGUUUGGCUGUGCAUAUAAAUCAGAGGUGGUUGAUCUUGAUGGAAGAAGUUCAUUUCUCUACAGAUUUAAUCAAAAAUCCAUGAAUCCAAUAAAAGAUAUUAUUGCUUUGAAAUUCAAAACCAUGCAGAGCGAUGGCAUUCUACUCCACAGAGAGGGGCAAAAUGGAGACCAUGUGACACUGGAAUUAAGAAGAGGAAAGCUCUUUUUACUUAUUUAUUCAGGUGAAGCUAAACUGCCCCUUACUCAGGCUCUGACCAGUGUCCCCCUGGGCAGCCUGUUGGAUGACGAGCACUGGCACUCGGUGCUCAUUCAGCGCUGGGGCAGACACGUCAACUUUUCGUUGGAUGAGCACAAGCAUCGUUUCCACUCACAGGGAGACUUCGACCCCCUGCAUCUUGAUCAUGAGAUCAGCUUUGGAGGGAUUCCAGCACCUGGAAAAUCAGUGUCAUUCUCACAGAAAAAUUUUCAUGGGUGUUUAGAAAAUCUCUAUUAUAAUGGAGUGGAUAUCAUUGAUUUGGCCAAACAACACAAACCACAGAUCAUCACUAUGGGAAACGUGUCCUUUUCUUGUUCACAACCACAAUCAGUGCCUGUGACUUUUCUGAGCUCCAGAAGUUACUUGGCACUGCCAGGCACUUCUGGAGAGGGUGAGGUGUCUGCCAGUUUUCAGUUUCGAACCUGGAAUAAGGCAGGACUUCUGCUAUUCAGUGAACUCCAACUUGUUUCAGGGAGUCUCCUCCUCUGUCUCCAGGACGGGAAACUUAAACUGAAUCUCUACCAGCCAGGAAAAUUGCCCAUUGACAUCACAGCAGGAGCUGGAUUAAAUGAUGGGCAGUGGCAUUCUGUCUCUUUAUCUGCUAAAAGGAAUCACCUCACUUUGAAGGUGGACAGCCAGGUGGCUGCAGUGGCUCCUUCCCUGGGACCUGAACAGAUUUAUUCAGGUGACACCUAUUAUUUUGGAGGUUCUCCUGACAACAGCUUGGAAUCCAAAUGUAAAACCCCAUUUGGUGGAUUUCAGGGAUGUAUGAGACUUAUUUCUGUCAGUAACAAAGUGGUGGAUCUGAUUUCAGUUCAGCAGGGGGCCCUUGGGAACUUCAGUGACCUUCAGAUAGAUUCAUGCGGCAUCACAGACAGGUGUUUGCCCAACUAUUGUGAACACGGCGGUGAGUGCUCCCAGUCCUGGAACACCUUCCACUGCAGCUGUGCACACACUGGCUACAGGGGAGCCACUUGCCAUAACGCUAUCUAUGAGCAGUCGUGUGAAGCCUAUAAGCACAGAGGAAAUGCUUCAGGGUUUUACUAUAUAGAUUCAGAUGGAAGUGGCCCUCUGGGACCAUUUCUUGUAUAUUGCAAUAUGACCGAAACUGCAUGGACCAUCAUACAACACAAUGGCUCUGACUUAACAAGAGUCAAAAGCGCUAGUCCAGAGAACCCACAUGCUGGGUUUUUCGAGUAUGUGGCCAGCAUGGAGCAACUCCAGGCCACAAUUAAUCACGCGGAUUACUGUGAGCAGGAGCUUACUUACUACUGCAAGAAGUCACGGCUUGUAAAUAAGCAGGAUGGAACCCCUCUGAGCUGGUGGAUUGGAAGAACCAAUGAAACACAAACUUACUGGGGAGGUUCUCUGCCAGAUCCUCAAAGAUGUACCUGUGGAUUAGAGGGGACCUGCAUUGAUUCUCAAUAUUACUGCAACUGUGAUGCUGACCGGAAUGAAUGGACCAAUGAUACUGGAUUCCUUUCUUAUAAAGAACAUCUGCCAGUAACUCAGAUAGUGAUUACAGACGCAGGCCGACAGUAUUCAGAAGCAGCUUAUAAACUGGGCCCUCUACUCUGCCAGGGAGACAGGUCAUUUUGGAGUUCAGCUUCCUUCAAUACUGAGGCUUCAUACCUUCACUUUCCUACUUUCCAUGGAGAGGCUAGUGCUGAUGUGUCUUUCUUUUUUAAGACAACAGCUUCAUCUGGGGUAUUUUUAGAAAAUCUGGGAAUUACUGAUUUUAUACGGAUAGAGCUACGCUCUCCUGCAGAAGUGACCUUUUCAUUUGACGUGGGGAAUGGGCCUCUUGAAAUCUCUGUGCAGUCACCUGGUCAUUUCAACGACAACCAGUGGCACCACGUUCGAGUUGAAAGGAACACGAAAGAGGCAUCUAUUCAAGUGGAUCAGCUCUCUCAAAAGAUUCAACCUGCCCCAGCUGAUGGGCAUGUCCUUCUACAGCUCAACAGUCAACUCUUUGUGGGUGGAACGGCCACCCGGCAGAGGGGCUUUCUGGGAUGCAUUCGGUCCCUGCAGUUGAAUGGCAUGACCCUGGAUCUAGAAGAACGAGCCAAGGUGACUCCAGGUGUGCAGCCAGGUUGUAGAGGACAUUGCAGCAGCUAUGGAAAGUUAUGUCACAACGGAGGGAAAUGCAGAGAAAAGCCCAGUGGCUUCUCCUGUGAUUGCAGCGUCUCUGCAUACGCAGGGCCGUUCUGCUCCGAUGAGAUUUCUGCAUAUUUUGGAUAUGGCUCAUCUGUGAUUUACAAUUUUCAAGAAAAUUAUGCCUUAAGUAAAAACUCCAGCUCCCAUGCUGCUUCAUUUCACGGUGAUAUGAAGCUGGGCAGAGAAAUGAUCAAAUUUAGUUUCCGGACAACACGAACACCAAGCUUACUGCUUUAUAUGAGCUCCUUUUAUAAAGAAUACCUUUCUGUUAUUAUUGCCAAAAAUGGAAGUUUGCAGAUCAGGUACAAGCUAAAUAGAUCUCAAGAUCCUGAUGUCAUAAGUUUUGAUUUUAAAAACAUGGCUGAUGGGCAGCUUCACCACAUAAAGAUUAACAGACAAGAAGGAGUCAUCUUUGUCGAGAUCGACGAGAAUGCAAGCAGACAAGUCCACCUGUCCUCAGGUACAGAGUUCAGUGCAGUCAAAUCACUUGUACUGGGCAGGAUUUUCGAACCCAGCGAUGUCGACCAGGAGACGGCACUGGCCGGCACUCAGGGCUUCACUGGCUGUCUCUCCGCCGUGCAGUUCAGCCACGUGGCCCCUCUGAAGGCUGCCCUGCACCCCAGCCACCCCGAGCCCGUCACUGUUACAGGACACGUGACUGAGUCCAGCUGUGCCGCCCAGACUGGCGCUGACCCCACAUCAAGGGAGAGGACCCACUUGUUUGCAGAUCAUUCUGGAACAAUAGAUGACAAAGAGCCCAUAGCUAAUGCAAUCAAAAGUGACUCUGCAGUAAUUGGAGGUUUGAUAGCUCUUGUGAUCUUUAUCUUGCUUUGCAUCACUGCCAUAGCUGUUCGCAUUUAUCAGCAGAAAAGAUUAUACAAAGGAAAUGAGGCAAAAAGGUCAGAGAAUGUAGACAGUGCUGAGGCUGUUUUGAAAAGUGAGCUUAAUAUACAAAACGCAGUCAGUGAAAAUCCGAAAGAGUACUUCUUCUGAUUGGCAGCUGUGAUUUAACUUAAAAUUGUGACAAUUUGUUUUAAUAGCCAGGGAAUCUCAAUGGACAAAAAAAAAAAAAAAAAUGCUCUUAUGUUGAAUGUACAGGUGAUGGAUUUGCAGCACUGCCAUCCUGCCCGCGUCCAGACUUGGGAUGGCUCCAGGAAGCUUCAUCCGGUGACAUGUACCCCAUCGCAAUCAUUUUAUGUAAAAAGGAAUUAGAUAUUGCUAUUAAUUUCCAACUGCUCUGAUAUGAUCUAAAACAUAAGUUUAACGCUCUUAAAUGACUAUGGUUUUUAAAUGUGAAAACUGUAGUCCUGGUCUCUUAACCAUAUGAUACACAAGUUUUGUUAGCGAUUAAAGUCAAAAUUGGAUGACAAUGAACUUGCUUUAUUUGAGAACAUAUGCUGUGUUUGUUUUAGUGUUCUCACGGUGUUAUUCAUAGACCUGGAAAUGCUUCUAGGAUCCUGUUUGGCUGGCCUUUACAUCCUCAGUGGCCAAAAGUACAUAAAACUCCUUUGCCUUUCACCGUAUGACAUUCAAUACAAUACAUUAAUAGACUGGAAAGAAGUUUUGUUGGUGGUGGUUUAUUUGCAUUGCUCUUUUUCUAUUUGGCUCUUUUUAAUCAUUUUGCAUACAUUUGGUUUUGAGUGUCAGACUUUAGCUGUGAACAUACAAUUCAUUUGUAACAAGAUUCAGAGAGUGCAGUGGUGAAUACAUAAUAUUUUGCCUUUUAAAAUUUUUUUUUUUUUCUGUUUGGUUUGUAUCAUUGUUUACCAACGACAGUAGUUAAGAACUGACUAAUGCCAAUUUCCCAAAGAAUGCGUGAUGUUGUCCACUAAACUUGCUGAUAAAAAAAAAAAAAAACAUAAUUCUUAUCACUGCAGAAAAAUUUUUAUUUACAUAAGUAAUAUCACCAAUGAAGUAUAAUU